CCCCUCCCUUUAGAGCUCUCGCCCUGUCGCUCCCUCCGUCUCUCUGCUUCCCUGCCCUUUUCUGUUGUCUCUAUUUUUCUCUGUAGUGCACGCCUACACGUAAAGGCACACACUCAGCCAAAGCAAAAUUGUCGGUGCGCAGCUACAUUUGCGAUUUAAGAGAUGACAAAGAGGAUACAGUGUUAGGGAGUCUGCCCCUGCUCAGUUUCCAGAUUGGAGGAGUAGAGCUUUCAGAAAACAUCACCUGCAAAUUUGCCUUUAAGGUGGAGCAUGUCGGGACCAGGACAUACUAUUUCAGCACAGACAGCUAUGCAGAACAGGAAGAGUGGAUCAGAGCCCUGAGUGAUGCUGCUGAGGAAACACCAAGAUUUUAUCAACCACAGCAUGGAGACAAAGCCUCAUAACUCACAAACACAACACUUAUGCUCUCACAUAAAUGAUAGAAUGGAAGGGAAAAGUGAAGAAGCUGAAGGGGGAAGAACAACUCCUCCUCCUAGUGCCAUGCCCCUCAACAGCAGUAGUAAACCCCCUCCAUCCAACAGCCACAAUGGACAUCAACGAGCUGAGGGACAUGAAGAGCCAGGUGUUGGUUUAUCAUAUGAGCCCAGGGAACAACAGGAGAAUGUGGUGCUGAGGAGAGGUUUUGUCCCAAGGACAGCUCCAGAGAGGUUGGCCCAAAGAAAGUGCUCAAUGGCUCAACUGCAACAGUGGGUCAACCAGCGGCGGGGCAUGGCCUCGCAAGAAGACAUCAACAGGCCACCCUCUUACUAUUCUGUGAACCAAGAAGUCUCAGCUGGCUACUAUAACUUUGUGGACGAAUACUCUUUGUACCUACCAGGGGUCCGACCAGACAGCAUCUGCUCUAUGUCUGCUGUGGGGGGCUAUGACAGACUAUGGACUAUUGAGCAAAAGCAACACUCUCUGAGGGAUGAACCCCACCGGUUGUACAGGAAACAGAUGCCCCAAGACCAAUGGGGGCCACAGUACUAUGGUGGAAUGGAAACAUCCAUGAGGAGCCUGUUUAUUCAGCCACGCUCCAAGUCUGUGCCCAGAUCACCAUCCUCAUCAUCGAGGCGGCCCUAUUCACCAGCGUCAUGCACCUAUGCCUCACCUGCUCGAUCACUAUCCAAUGGUUUUGACCGGUUUUCAGGGAGGAUGAAUGAAGAUGCAAUCUAUCCACCAGUCUACAGUCUGAGAAGAUCUUUCAGCUCCCCAAAGUAUAACUACCAUGGUGAUAGGAGAUCAUUAAACCAAGGAUUAUACCACCACAACUACCCUGUUUCCCCUUCUGUUCACAGUAAAAUGGAGGAUAUAUUAGAUUUUCAGCUCCAGCGCAACCUGGAUUACCUAGAUCAACAGGUGCCUCCUUUCCAGGAUAUAAACUACAGAGAACUGCAUCCUACACUGAAACUCAAUGAGAUCGAAACCAGUAAGCUCUUGGGGCGAUUAUGUGAGCAGAACCAGAUUUUGAAAGACCAUGAGGCAGUUGUCCACAGACUGAGAAUGAAUAAGGACAGCCUAGAGGAAGCACUGUUGGCUACUCAUCAGGAAAUGGAGAUAUACCAUAACCAGCCUUUAAUCAUGGAAAAGCUGCAGUUCAAAAAGGAAACUCAGCAGAACCAGCUGAUUAACAUCAGAGGGGAGCUCUCCCAGGCCUCCAGUGCUUUAACAACUGCUUGCAUGGAGUUUGAAGCAUUAGAGGAUGAGGCCAAUGCCAUCCAUGGAGACCUGUGGGAGCAGCUUAAUGCUGGAGGACAGAGUGAAUUAGUUCGGCGGCACAUCCAAAAAGAGUUUUGGAGAGUCCAGGAUGUAUUAGAAGGUCUACAAAAGAACAGCUUAUCCAGAGGCAUAAAAACAGCCAAGGGUAGAGUUGACAGUGGUGCAUCAGGGUCCUUUACCACCAAUAGUCCAGCAAGCCCACUGAGCUCAGUAAGCCUUACCAGUCCACUGAGCCCCUACUCCCCAGUGCCUGUUUGCCAGGCUUCUCCAACCAAGGAGUUGGGUCUGGAGGAAAGUGUUCCCCCUAGGCCUCCCCUUCCCAAAUCCUAUUACCCAUUGGAUCCCUCCUAUACCUUUCCUCCCUCCAUCCCUCCCCUGCCUUUUGACAGCACGACCUGGCCACACAGCUUCGGCAUCGAUGUUGAUUACCUUGGUGGUGAAGAUUCUGACUUCAGAAAGCCCAAGUUUGGAGAAUCGAACAAUAUCAGUGAUGUUCAGGAGCAGGCCCAGGACAGGCAGUCCACCAUGAAUAAAGUUGGCAUUGUUCCUCCUAGAACCAAAUCCCCCACUGAUGAAUCACAGAGGAACUUUACUGAAGUUCAUCGCUGUAACAGCAGAGUGCUUAAUGGAGUCUCCAGGGAGCGCCCAAAAAGUGCUGCUUUUCCCACAGAAAUUAAGAUGAAGAUGAGUGUGGAGGAACAAAAUGAGCGACUUCGUCGCAACCAGUGCAGUUCUAUGAGGGACAAAAGGAGAAGCCUAAACCUGUCAGGAGGCCAGUCUCCAGCCAAUUACAAAGUGGUCCGUAGGCGGCUGACAGCUCAUGAGAUUGACAUCAAAGACUUAGAGAAGGCAGUUCGAGGACAGGGGCAAGAGUCACCAGAGGAAGAAAUUGCUCGUCUGAGACGUUUACAGAUUGAACCAGAGCAUUACAACAUCAGCAAAGAGAUGGCUCCUGACAAGGUUCUGAUCCCUGAACGCUACCUGGAUGUGGAGAAUAACACUCUCUUGAGCCCAGAGGAGCAGAAGGAGAAGCAGAAGAAGCUAGAACGAAUCAAGACCCUUAUUGCCAAAUCAAAUCUGCAGAAUAUGGUUCCCCUUCUGGACGGCCCAGUGGAAGGUGGAGCUCCAGCCAGCUCCCAGCAGCAGUUGCAGGAGCAAGAGAAGCGUAUUGAGAUCUCCUGUGCUCUGGCUGCUGAGGCCUCUCGUCGUAGUCGCCUUCUCUCUGGUGAACACUCUCACCACAUGGCAGCAUCACAUGGCACCUGAG